UGAAUGAACCUUUCCUGAGCCCCAUCCAGGUGAGGAUUGUACCAACUGGUAAGGAUCAAACUUCCUACCCAGUUUAGUAGAAAUAACCUGAGGCAUAGUGACCAGAAAAACCUACUUCAAUCCCUAUUCUGCCAACUUACCUUUCUGAGCUUAAUCUGUGAAACAGCAAUUGUUGUGAGAUUUAAAGUGGUUGCUAUGAGAACUAAGUUACACAUCAGUGUCUUUCACAUAUCUAGAACACAGCAAGUCAAGUGUUCUUCCUCCUGCCCUCACAGAUUCAGCUCUAACACCCCUACUCUUUUCUCAUCUUCUCCACUGCCAGCUUGCUUUUUCAGCUAGCUAUUAAGCUAUGACCCAACAAGACUGGAGGCUCAGGCUCUCCCUCUACCUAUGCUGUAUGAGGCUGGAAGUAAAGUUGAAGGUCUACAGGGGACUAGAAAAGGCGUUGCUUGUGAGGUCAGGAACAAUUUGAUCUUCACUCUUCUAGAAUCUUCCCUCCUUGAGUCCUAUAACACUGUUUACUAGGCCUUCACCCAGCACUUUUAAUUUCCCUGUUUCUGUAUUCUUCUGUGGCUCCUAGGUUCAGUCCUGGGUCUUUUGAUCUUCUGUUUACCUAUACAGGAAUAAUCAACAAUUCAGUAGCCUCAUAUUGUUAAAUUAUCCAACUGCUAGCCUAGUAUUGCCAAUUGUCCACUAGGUCCUCUAGUCACCUUAAUCUCAAUCAAAAUUCAUAUUCUGCCAUCAGUCUAUCUUUCCCCUUCAAUGCCAACAGUACAACCCAUCUAAAGGUUCAGGUAAUACUUCGAACUCAUGUUCUUCUGUCCCUUAUUCCUGAGUGCAGGUAUAAAACAGAGACUUCAGGUCAGUCUAACCCAGACUCAUUUAAGUUCCAGCUCCAUCAAUCACUUUCUAGCUGUGUGAAUUCAGGCAAGGUAGUUAACCUCUCUGAGCUUGUUUCUAUAGGUAUGAAACAGGCAUAUUUUAAAAAAUCUAGAUCAAGUCUUAUAGGGAAUAGAUGGCCCAUAAACAGUUGCUAGAUUGGUGUUGCUAAUACCUUUGAAAUUCUACUACCUUAAUAACUCAGAUCUUUACCACCCCAGACCAGGAUUCCUUCCACGACCUAUUUGCUUCCAAGUUUAUCCUCCUUAAUCCAUUCUGCAUAAUUGCAAGGUUAGUUUCCCUAAAAAGCUGUUUCCAGUUUCAGCAUAGCAUAGGUUUUCCUUGUACUCUCAGAAUCAAAUUUCCACUCCCAGGUUAGCACUGCUAGGACUCCAUGCCUGUUUGGGCCCAGUGGUCUCAGAGCUUCCCCAAUCCAUCUUCCCUGACAUCCAACAAACACAGCAUGUCUAUUUCCUUUUGCUUACAUAGGCAUCUUUCUGGAUGUCCUUCCUUAAGUUUGACUUCACCAGCACACUCUGGUCUCUCCUUCCCUUCUCAGGUGCUGAGCACAUAGGAAAUACUCAGCCAAUGCUUACUGGGUUAAAGUAAGGAUGGACAGUCCUCUAUCUCUAUUUUCACUAAAGGUUUUUCCAGGGAAGGGGUGGUGAGACAGCAGAUUAUUGAGAUGAGAAAGACUGCACCAGGGAGGGGAGACAAGAGGAACAGAGUACUCAUGGGAUAUGGGACUGACCAAGCCCCCAUCCCUAGGGGAAGGCAGGAAAGAACAUCUGAGCUAAUAUAAUGGUCAUCCUGUCUUUUGGGCUGAACAGUCAAUCACAGGAGCAAAGAAAAAGAGGAACAAACCUGUCAUCCUUGGGUGGGGGAGAGGGCAUGGUUCACUGAGAAGGGGGUGGCCUUUCUAGAGGGAAUACAGGAGGCAGUGAUGAGGAUAAGGUGGCCGUCCCAUGAGCCCUAUCCCAAGGGGGUACUAGAGAUACAAUUGGUCACCCAUGGGAUCUAUGGGGAUGGAUGGAUAUUCUCUAGGGUCAAGAGGGGGGAUACCAUUGCAGCAGACUCAUUGAAGUGGGAGCAGGCCUGUUUGUAUUAAGGAGAAGAAGCAUUCCAGGAGUGAUGGGGAAAGAGUGUUGUCUCCUUGGGCAGCAGGAGAGGGCUGCCAACCCUCAGGGCAAAAGGAGGGGAGGCCAUUCCCAGAAAUCACUGGGGCAAAACCCAUUAUCUCUGGGCCCCAUGUGGGCACAGAGGUCUGGUUCUCUGGCUAAGGAGAAGGAGCAAACAUCCCAUGGGGGAAAGAGGUAGGGGUGGCCAUCACUAGAUGCUGGGGAGCAAGCUUGGCCUCAUUAAAGGACCUCAGAAACCAUCCCCAGUGUUGAUAGGAACGGACAGUCUGUUUCUCCCUGUCAGGGAGCGAGAGGGUGGUGGAAAUGGACCAAUCAUCCCAAGGGGCCAAUGGGGAUAAGAUUGGUUACCCUUCAAGGAUGAUGGGAUGGAGCAGACAUCUUCCAGAACAGAGGGGGAGAGGACGGCCAUCUCAAGGGAAGGGGAUAGGCAGAGAGGGUCUAUCCUCGCUGAGGUGACAGAUUUGCUGUCUCCUGGUUCCAUUGGGGAAGAAGAGAAUGGUCUCCCAAGCUAAGGGAACGAAGUGGCCCCAAAGCAGGGCCGUUACCCAGAGCUUGCAGGUCCUGGGAUCUGCCGGGCGGGUAGUUUCCGCCAGGCGGUAAGUGCCGGGCGUGCAGUCUGACAGCCCCUCCCCAAAGCUCCGGACCCCGAGGGCGGAGCAAGUCCGGAGCUAGGCCUGGGGACCGCUUCCUCUCACCUCCAGGGGCAGCAACUCCGCCAUCGCAUCUCAGCCGCCUCCGCCCCCGCGCAAGGCUUUCUGGGAAGUGUAGUCCCGCAGAGUACGGGGAGGGGCUUGAGAAGGAAGUGGAUUCCACUUCCGGCCAAGAUUCUGACGUCUUUGGUCUGCACCGGAAGUGUAUGGGCUGCCGAUGUGGUACUUACAGACUGCUGUUUCAGUUGCUCGCUCUUGUUUUCCCUGCUCCGUGUUUGCUUCGCACCAUGGCGUUCUAUACAGGCUUGGAGAAGGGUGGAGAUCCCAGGAACUGUUAGGUUUGAGCACAACGAAGACCUCGCUGAGGUGUAGGUGGAAUUCCGGUAGCUCACCAGGCUGGUGUAGGAAGUGAGGACCGUGGCUAAGAAGAGGUCUGACAGCAUCUCAUCAUUACUCUGCAGCCCAAGGGCAAAGUGGGCACGAGAGGGAAGAAGCAGAUAUUUGAAGAGAACAGAGAGACCCUGAAGUUCUACUUGCGGAUCAUAUUGGGGGCCAAUGCCAUUUAUUGCCUUGUAACCUUGGUCUUCUUCUACUCAUCUGCCUCAUUUUGGGCCUGGAUGGCCCUGGGCUUUAGUUUGGCAGUAUAUGGGGCCAGUUACCACUCUAUGAGUUCGAUGGCUCGGGCAGCCUUCUCUGAGGAUGGUGCCUUGAUGGAUGGUGGCAUGGACCUCAACAUGGAGCAGGGCAUGGCAGAGCACCUUAAGGAUGUGAUCCUACUGACAGCCAUUGUGCAGGUGCUGAGCUGCUUCUCCCUGUAUAUGUGGUCCUUCUGGCUUCUGGCUCCUGGCCGGGCCCUUUACCUCCUGUGGGUAAAUGUGCUGGGCCCCUGGUUCACGGCAGACAGUGGAACCCCAGCACCAGAGCACAAUGAGAAACGGCAGCGCCGACAGGAGCGGAGGCAGAUGAAGCGGUUGUAGCCAUUGACUUUAUAGCCACAGGCUGUUGGGCACUGGUUGGCUCUCUCAGGAUGCAUGGCCCCAUGCCUGGUGCAAUGAGGGUCUAGUCCAGGGGCCAAAAGCAGCCUGAGGUAUAGAAUUGUUUAAUAAAUGGCUUAGAAUGUGGA